AUGUCAAAAGCCGCUCAAUCCGUCCCUGGACCUUCUCACGUCGCCGGAAAUACCACCUAUCCGGUCAUCGCUGCCACCAUCACGGCGACCCCAAGGAUAAAAACCGAAAUCUUUUCGCAACAACCGCAGGGGGAACCGUUUGAGGUGUAUUUGAGCAGUGACGACGAGGAUGAGGAAGUCGAGAUCGAGGAAAACAAAAUGAAAGUGGCCGACACACUGAUGCAAAUUUUACGCUGGGUCAAAAUAAAGGAAAAAUCCUUCAAGCCAAACAUCACAGCGGCGCCGAUUUCCGACAAGAGAUAUCCACCUUCGGCUCGGAUUGCCCGCAAGUUGCAAAAACUUGUCAUCGCGUUGGAGGACGUUCUCGACGUUCUGGAUGAUAAGAGACGUCGAGGAUUUCCCCUCUACGAGAUGCGGAGGGCGCAGAGGAAUAAACUAUGGAGAGCAGCAGCAAUAGGGCCGGAAAUGAUGCUUGACUUCGUUCUUGAUGAGGAAAUGUCGACAAUUCCGCCAGCCAGACGAAGACCAUCACCUCCAACCCUGCCUGUCACCCCGCCAGCAACAACAAUGUCGGAAAUGAUGCUUGACUUCGUGCCAGUCGAGGAAAUGUCGGCAAUUCCGCCAGCCACGCCAACAUCGUCAACUCCACCGCCCGUCAAUCCGCCAGCAACAGCAUGGCCAGAAAUAAUAGUUGACGAAGACGAAGAGGAAGGGUCGGCAAUUCCGCCAGCGACGCCAAGAUCGUCAACUCCACCACCACUGCCCGUCACUCCGCCAAGGUCAGCAUCGAGCCAAUUUGCAAAUCGGAGAAAAUCCAGCCGGACUACGAGACCAAUUCUGAAAUUAAACGUCUCCACCACACUCAAGUCCACCUCAGGCAGAAAGAAGAAUUCCAAACCCAAACACCACCACCAAUGCCACGUUUGUCAAAAAGCGUUCCUCCGCAUGUCACACCUAACCCGGCACCGUUUCACACACCUCAACGAAGAAGAGAAGACCGUGGCGAAGCAGACUUGGAGAAUCGAGUGCUUCUUUUGCCAGAAGAGGUUUCCCAAUCAGUCUACUUACGAUAUUCACCUGGUCACCCACACGGGGGAAAAAUUCUUUCGAUGCGACCAAUGUGGGAAGCAGUACUCUCGGAAUAGUCAGUUGACGGUGCACAAGCGCAGCCACGGCGCCAACCCGAAACCCUUUAAGUGUGUGGAGUGUGGCAAAACUUACACUGAAAAAGGGACCCUGGUCAGCCACAAAAAAAUAGUUCACGAGAAGCUGAAGAACUUCAACUGUGCGGAAUGUGGCAAAACUUUCGCUACAAAAAGGAAUAUGGUUAAACACAAAAAAACCGUUCACGAGAAGCUGAAGAACUUCGACUGCCCCCCAGUGCCCGAAGAAGUUCACCACCAAGUUUUACGCGGCCGAACAUUUGAAGAGCGUGCAUCAAAAAAUUUCGCACCCCUGCCCCCACUGCAAUGAGUCGUUCAGACACAAAGCUAGUCUUCGAGGACAUGUGAAGAAGUUUCAUCUGGCAUAAUCCAAUCAAAUAAUUCCAAUCCUUAAACGAUCCAGAGUAUGACAAUGAAGGUCUCGCAGCGUAUGUUCCCCGAUUUUGGCCAAACC